GCGACGAACUCGUGCUAUACAGUUUUUGACAAGAAAAGUAGAACUAAAUAUUUUUCGUUGUAUAAUAAAAAAUAUCGUUGAAUUAUGAUUUUUAAAGUAAUUGUUACGUGCAUCCUUAUAAACAUUUUGCAUAUUUGGAAUGUCAAUGCUCACGGCAAACUUAUGGACCCAGUGGGUAGAUCAUCUGCUUGGAGAAAAGGGUUCAACGUUACGAAAAAUUUCAGUGACAACGAACUUUUCUGUGGUGGCUUUGCGGUCCAGUAUGAAAAAAAUAAGGGGAACUGCGGACCAUGUGGUGACGAUUGGUCCAAACCUCGACCAAGAGAUAAUGAAAAUGGUGGCACCUACGGCCAAGGAGUGAUCGUUAGUCGGUACAGCCCAGGGGAACAGAUCAUUAUCACAGUCGACUUAAACGCCAAUCACUUGGGAUACUUUAAAUUUUCUCUGUGUCCUCUUAACUCGACCAAAGACAUCGAGACCGAGGAGUGCUUUGAUGCACAUCCCAUUUACCUCACUGAUGGUAAUCGACGUUACGAAGUAAAGGGAGGAAUCACAAGCAACAUUAGAAUUCAGGCUAACCUGCCUGAAGACUUUGUAUGCCCACAUUGUGUCUUUAGGUGGCACUACUACUGUGGAAAUAAUUGGGGUAUUUGUGAAGAUGGCAUCGGUAGACUUGGCUGCGGUCCUCAGGAGAUUUUUCGUGGAUGCGCUGAUGUAUCCAUAAUUUGAUGAAAAUUUUUUCUGCAUUUUUCAAAUUAAGAGUUUGUAAUAAAUAGCACUGCCUUUGUGAACAGCUCUUGCAUAGAAAGUUAAACAGUGAUUAUAUUUUUUUAACUAGCCUAAUUUUUUUAUU